AUGUUGAGCCGAAUACGGUCUCUCGCAACAACGGCUCUUCGACACAUGGCGGCUGUAACGACUGAAGACACAGCAGCAGCAGCAGCACCUGGAACGACAUUGCAUCGAGUCAAAGUGCUCAAUCUUCCCUCCCACGAAUCGGCAGCAAUCAAAAAGUUUUUUCGUAACCAAGGCAUCGACCGAUACAAGAAAGCGCCCAACUGGAGAUAUGCCUAUUUGACAUUCGAGGCUGAAGGUCCUGCCAAAGAAGCCAUGCAGAAGCUGGAGGGCGUUGAAUUUAAAAAGAGAGCCUUGACGACCGAAUACUCGACCAUCAACAAAGAAGUGUAUCGUGCACGUUUCCAAGCAAAGACGGCCAAGGAGAAUGCACCAUCAUCAACAUCAACGACAGCGGACAAUGACACUCGAUCACCUGCAGAACGCCUCGCUGAUCAAGUCACACCCCUUCACAAGAUACCUUAUGAUGAACAACUGGCUAAGAAACAUCAAUCGGGUAUACGCCAUCUCGCCAAGCUUAAACGUCAACUAAGCCGACUUCCCGAUCUGAAUGAUACCAGCCGAGCGCAACUUGCAUGGGCAUUCCAGGAGGGAUUGCCUAUAGAGAUAUUGGAUCCCAUUGCAUCGCCUAUCACUCGUGGUUAUCGGACAAAGUGCGAAUUCACCAUUGGCAAGAAUCCUGACAGCGAGACCACAGUGGGUUUUCUUUUGGGACUUUAUCGCCAUGGCAUCACAUCCGUUCACAGCCCUGAAGAUUGCUUACAUGUACCUGAUAUAUCCAAACGCAUUGCCAAAGCGAUGGAGAACUAUGUCAAAUCAUCCGAGUACAAUGUAUAUGAUCGUGCAGAGAAAAAGGGCGUAUGGAGAUCAUUGAUGGUGAAAACUCAAAGAACAGGCGACAUUUUGAUUCUUGUGCAAAUGAAGACAUCCGACAUGACCGAGGAACAAGUAGCUCAAGAGAAGAAAAGGUUGACAGAGUAUUGGAGCAGCUACAAGGAUCGAAAGGGAGAUGAGCAAAUCAAUGUGACCACGUUGCUGCUGCAAACAUGGAAUGGUGAAUCGAAUGGUAUCACUGAUAAGGGCACCACUGAGAUCCUUUUGGGAGAUGGCUAUGUGUACGAAGAAUUACUUGGUUGUCGAUUCCGUCUUUCAAGUAGCGCCUUUUUCCAAGUCAACACGCCAGCGACCGAAUUGCUUUACACAAAAUGUGCCGAGUGGUGUAAUAUCAGCAAGAGCAAAAAGACAACGCUAUUGGAUUUAUGUUGCGGUACAGGGACCAUUGGCAUCACCAUGGCAAGGACAGUGGAUCGCGUGAUUGGAAUUGAGAUGAUAUCGGAGGCUAUUGUGGAUGCCCAAGUCAAUGCAGAAAUGAAUCACGUGACCAAUGUACAGUAUCACGCAAGCAAGGUUGAGGAGAGAAUUGAUGUCGUGGCUAAUGAAAAGAACGAAGAAGUGGUUGCCGUCCUCGAUCCACCAAGGAGUGGCGUACAUAGCACAGUGAUACGAGCAGUACGAGAAUCAUCAGAGAUCCGCAAAGUUAUAUUCAUUAGCUGCGACGCAAAUCAAGCAAUGCAAAACUUUAUUAGCUUAUGUCGUCCAACAUCAAACCGGUUUAAGGGGUUACCAUUUCGACCAACACGUGCAGUAUCCAUCGAUCUCUUUCCACAUACCGAUCAUUGUGAAUUGAUGGUGGAAUUUGAACGUAUCAAGGAGGAAUCAUAG